ACACACAGAGCAGGCAUUCAUACUUGGGCAGCGCAACGAGGGGGCUGGGGAUCGAGCGUCACUUUGGAAACUCGGGAACUCACGGAUUCUCGUGCUGAACCGGCGACCUCCCUUUCUCAUUACUGAAGUCUUCUCCACUGAAUUUCCAUCGCGGGACACGCAGGAGGGAGACGGAGAGAGAGAAGGGGAAGUAAGGAGGGAAGUGAGAGCGGGUGAGUCGGGCGAAGGCAUUUGUGUAUUAGCAGGUAAACUGGGGUCCAAGGUGCGCACUGAGCCGCCUAUGAUACCAACCACCCGGAUGGAAAGAACUUUAAUGUGGAAUCCUCAUAGAGUUUUGCAACGGAGGCUGAGAGUAGAGACAGACUGGCAGUUUAUAUUAUAAGGAUUCAGACGCAGACACAGAUCAGACAGCGGUGCUGAAGGGACAGACAGCAGCAGAGACCCCACACAUAUCUCAUCAUUUAAGUACAGGCCUUACAUCCUCUGUGCACCUGGAGGUUUGUGUGUGUAAGAAGAUGUCUAGAGAGGAGCAGAGCCUAUCGGAGGUUGAGCUCAGUCCCGGGAUGUCGGACGACAGCCGCUCGCUGUCUCCGGGACAGUCCUCCGGUGCCACAGCUGGAGGGGACUCGCCUCUGCACGGGCACCAACAGGCGCAGCUGGCGAGCCUGCGGGACGACGCGUCCGCGGGCUGUUCCUCGGCCCGAUCCGACGAUGAGGAGGAACGCUUCCCCACGGGGAUCCGCGAGGCGGUGAGUCAGGUUCUUAAUUGCUACGACUGGACCCUCGUGCCCAUGCCCGUGCGCGUGAACGCUGGAGGCAAGAACAAGCCGCACGUGAAGAGGCCCAUGAACGCAUUCAUGGUGUGGGCGCAGGCGGCGCGGAGGAAACUGGCAGACCAACACCCGCACCUGCACAACGCGGAGCUCAGCAAGACGCUGGGGAAACUGUGGAGACUCCUCAAUGAGAGAGACAAGCGACCCUUCAUCGAGGAAGCAGAGAGGCUGAGGAAGCAGCACAAGAAGGACUACCCUGACUACAAAUACCAGCCACGACGCCGCAAGAAUGGCAAGCUUGGAUCCGGAUCAGGAAGUGAGGCCGACGGCCAUUCGGAGGGUGAGGUCAGCCACAGCCAAUCCCACUACAAGGGCCUUCAACUGGACAUGGCCCCCAGUGGGGGAGCCCGGUCCCCUCGGGCAGAUGGGCACCACCCUCAUGCUGCAGGUCAAAGCCACAGUCCUCCAACGCCUCCUACAACUCCUAAGACAGAGCCUCAGUCAGGGAAAGCAGGGGAUGGAAAGAGAGAGGGUUCUGGUAGUGUGGGCUCCCGUGGUUCAACAGGACCAGAGGGUAGCUCAGGCACUGUGGGCCCGGGGAAACCUCAGAUUGACUUUGGUAAUGUGGACAUUGGUGAGAUAAGCCAUGAGGUGAUGGCCAACAUGGAGCCUUUUGAUGUCAAUGAGUUCGACCAAUAUCUUCCCCCAAAUGGCCACCCUGGGGUUGGACAAACUACUGCAGGAGGUGCAGCUAUAACAGCAUCUCCAGCCUCACCGUACACCUAUGGAAUCCCCUCAGCUCUGGCAGUGGCCAGUGGACACUCAGCAGCCUGGCUCUCCAAGCAACAGCAGCCUCUGCAACAACACCACAGCUCCCCCCUGGGCUCAGACCCAUCCAAGGCCCAGAUCAAGAGUGAAACUGGAGGUGCUGGGGGUCACUUUGUAGAGGCCGUCUCAGCAGGUUCCCAUGUCACAUAUGCGCCCCUCAGCCUUCCUCACUACAGUUCUGCCUUCCCCUCACUGGCCUCCAGGGCUCAGUUUGCUGAAUAUGCUGAUCACCAGGCCACAGGGUCAUAUUACGCCCACCCAGGCCAGGCCCCGGGGUUGUACUCAGCCUUCUCUUACAUGGGGCCAUCCCAGAGGCCCCUGUACACACCCAUUACUGACCCAGCUAGUGUACCGCAGUCACACAGCCCCACACACUGGGAACAGCCCGUCUACACGACACUGUCGCGGCCAUGACAGAUAACAAAACCAGAGGGCACUGGUGCAGGUUCAGCCCCCAUAUCAGACCCAAGGUGCAGCAGCAGCAACAAUAACAGCAAGGCUGGUGGUAUCGGAGGUCAAGGUGGUCUGAGCUGUGGGGAGUGGGCAGGCACCGGGGGAGGAGGCUGGGGAGGCUGGUGGGGAGAAACCCCACUCUGUCAUUUCCCAGAUGCAGAAAUGCUGCCACAGCCCAAGUAUGAUCUUGGAGCGUGGUGCGUUCAAGGCGUGGUUGAUUAUUAGGGGGCGCACAGUGUAGAAGUAGAGUGUGUUACUGUAAUAGUGCUAACACUCAACACCACUGGAGCUUUCCAGGUUAUUUUCAACAACACAACUACAAGUGUUUAUAGGCAGUAAAGAAUAAUGUCCCCAUUGGUUUGUUGACUCAUUGAGUAUCAGAGGAGGCACACGGUAGUCUACACCUAACACUUUAAUAAAGGGGUCAACAGCAACAGGGAUUAUUGCACACAGUGAGUAUUAACAUCUCAAUAUGGAACAAGGUAAGAACUUUGACCUGAGUUACGGCCAAGUCAUACCACAUACCCUGUUCACGGAGAGCUGUGUUGUAUUUCCACACAGACAUACAUGCCUGCAGUACAAAGGUUGGCGCCAGUCCACAUAUACACACUCAACCUCACAUUCCGUUUUAGUAGCAGAUUUCUCACCAGUAGCUCGCCAUCAUUUGUAUGUCCUUGUAUUGUUGGAGCACGGUGUUGUACAUGUUUUGGUACCAGUGUUCUUCAUCAUAUAGCCUAGAGCACGGUUGCCAUCUUCUUUGUUGUGUCUUUUGACCAAAACAAGAGCAUGCCACCAAGUGGACUGGAAAGUGUUGUGCUACAGGAAGCAUGCACAGUCAGCACAUUGGUCCACACAGACUCAAGACUGGAGGUGUGCUUGCAUCCAUCCACAGAGGAUCCAUGCGUCCCGACACGGAAAUGGGUGGAAUAAAGAAAUGUAUGUAACAUGGAUCCUAGCGGACAUCUGCACGCACGCAGAUGCGGAAAGUAUGAUCCGGACAUAAUAAAGGGUGUCAAUGAAAUCAGUGUUUUUGUACCAGGGCAGGGAGCCAGUUCAUUUGGCUCUAGCCCUUUUAAUUCUCAGGCAAGACUCACCCUUGAUCAGAUGUCAGUUGUGUAUUUUCUUUUGGAAAAUCAAUACAACAAAUAUCGACAACUUUAUACUGAUUUAUUUGGCAGAUUUGUCCCUACUUAUUUGAAAUGACUGAGUUGUGUUCUUUUCAGAUGAUUUUGGUACACCACAAGGAAUGUACAUGAAAGACAAACGCCAUGAAAACCACAAUGUUUUCUCAAAUGAAAUUUAUAUUUAGGCAAAAAGAAAAGGUUUUACUUUUAUCAGAUUAUCUAUGAAAUUUACUUGAAAUUACAAAUGUACAUAUAUUGAAACAUGCAGAUAUUAACUAUUUGUAAAUGGACCAAAGUAUUGAGACCAAAACGAUAGACAGACAGCUCAAUAGAUGAAACAGAUUUUAUGUUUCUCCCAACAAGACAGUCAAAACUACCUUACAUUAUGUAGCUAAUUAGUUUCCUUUUGUGUUUUUUUACAAAGGCACUGAUUAUUGUGAUGACUUUCAUUCUUCAUGUAUCCUUGUUGAAUAUUCAUGAAAAGACAGUUCUGUUAAGCAGUGGAUAUUUUUUCCCACUGGCCAUCUUUGAUAUAAGCCUUAGUAAUGUUCUACACAUUAAUAUUUAAUAUUGAUGUCAAAUGCUUUUGCCAUUAUUAUCUCCACUAAAUGCCAGCGCCACUGCCCUUUCUUUGUCUGAGAAUCUUUUUUGAAAUAUCACCUCUUAUGAUGGUCAUGUAGUUUAACUUUAACAAACACUGUCAGAGAUGCCAGAGAUUGAGCAAAUAAAGCCUGCGGGAGUUGAACCUUUACACAGCCUAAUAUUAAAUGUAAAAUGUGCCUUGACCUUAAUAAUAUUUGUGACUAAAAAACAACACAGAGGCAACAAGCUAUUUGUUUUUUUCCAAAUCCUGUUUGUAUACUUUCCAUUCUCUUGUAACCUAUUAGUGAACUUGUCAUCUUUUAUAAUCAGUUUGGUAAUAUUUAUCACUAAGCUCCCAUCAAACAAUUGUCUAUGUAUUUUAUUAGCCAAGUAAAAAAUGUGUCCUUUUAUUUGCUUUUUUAUGUAUAUCGCUGAUAUUUUCUGUAUUAUUACUGGACACUGAUAUGAACAAUAUGCAUGUGACACUGUUUUAAUACACAGUCCAUUGGAGCUUAAAGCCAAUUAACAUUUAGCAAUUUACCACCAGCACUCCAGCUAUUUAUAUGUUUUGCUGUGUUAAACAUCUGUAAUGUUGCUAUGGGUUUUGCAUUUCCUAUUUAUAUUUGUUUUAUGUUAGUGUGCUCAGUUGAUUGUUUCUCUCCACUGUGAAGAAACCUUUUGACUGUUACUGCCAUAUUAGUAUUUAAUCUCUUGUAUAACUGCUGCCAGCACAGUACCACAGCUUCUUAAUAACAGCAAUACCGCAGGCCUAAGCAUGUGACGAUGACUAAUGAUCUUUUACUCUCACUUGAAAUAAAGUUGUUAUUUCUGCUUUAACACAA